CAGGCAUUCACUCAAAAGGCUUCAUACUGCUGUGAUUAUCCCCUCUGGGCCAUUGCAUCUCUAGCCUUGGCAUUCAUGCGAGCGACCGACAUCAGUUAUGGAGAAACUGGCCAGAAUCGACCUAACCUAUAUUACAGAACGUAUGAUAACCAUAAUCUACCCUGUAGUACACCUAGAGGAGAGCUACCUCCAGGACCUGCGGACAGUCAUUCUCAUGCUCCAGUCCAAGCAUGGACACAACUACUUGCUUAUCAACCUCUCAGAGAAGAACGACAGCCUCACUAAAAUGAAUCACAAGAUUGUGGACACAGGUUGGGUGGAUUGCCUGGCUCCCAGUCUGAACCAGAUUUACGGUGUGUGCACAAUUAUGGAAAACUGGCUCCAAGCACAUUCAAAGCAUGUGCUGGUCUUACAUUGCAGGGGAGGUAAAGGCCGGCUAGGAGUACUGGUGGCUUCCUAUAUCCAUUUCAGCAACAUACCAGCCAGUGCAGACCUUUCUCUUGAACACUUUGCCAUGAGGAGGUUCUACAAUGACCAAGUGUCUGCUCUGAUGACCCCCUCUCAAAAACGCUAUGUGUGGAUGCUGGGCAGUCUGCUGAGGGAAGGGUUAAGGAUGUCUUCCUCUCCAUCUUUCCUCCUCUGUGUUGUUCUGCACGGUCUUCCCAACACAAGACCAGACGGAGGAUGCAGUCUGUUCCUGAGAAUAUAUCAGGAUCUACAAGCUGUCUGCACAUCAGCGGUCUACCAUGUGCCAGCAGGCCUGACAGACAGGCUAUUCAUUGUGCUUCAGCCAGCUCAGCUGCUCAAAGGGGACAUAAUGGUGGUUUGUUAUGAUAAAAACAGCCUGUCAGUCAGCCGCCAGGUCAUCUUCCGUCUCCAGUUUCACACGGGCAUCAUACACGAACGCACCCUCACGUUCUCCAAGGCGGACCUUGACUGUGCCAACAAAGACCCUAAAUUUCCAGAGGAUGGGAAGGUUGAACUGGUUCUCUCUGACAGCCCUAAGAGGAUUGCAGGCAGAGAGCUGUGGUACAACGGAGACGCCGUGACAGUGGACUAUGAUACCUUAGAUCCCUUGGUUAGACGAGAUUCAUACCAAGAUGCAUCUCCUCCUGGUGCAGCUCUACUUCAUACCGUGAGUCCUCGGGAUGAGAGCCCGUAUGCCAGGGUGAGGAAGAGGAGCAGUGAGGAAGGAGGUUUUUCCCCCACAGUCACCAGUAGCCCCAGCUGCAGGGACCGAACUCCAUCUGCCAGCAGUGACUCAGGUCUAUCUAUCGCGUCCCAGAGGGCUGGGAGUAUAGCCACAGCCAACUUCAGGAGAGGGGCUGGUCCGGACGAUCGUACACAGGCAAGGAAGCUGGUCUUUGGGGUGGACCUUGAGCUGGCUCAGCCUCCUCUGGAGGUCAUGACUGAGCUCCCGGCUUCCGAUGGAGGGGAAGGGGAGAUAGCUGGGGAUGAGUCUGGCUUGGGACACACUUUCAAUGGAGAGGCUUCGUCCAGCGAGAGGGAAACUGACAUCUUGGAUGAUGAGGAUGAAAUAGAUGACAGUGAGGUAGCUCCUGCCUUGGAGAAUUCAAGCUCAACCAGAGUUUGCACCCUCUCCUCUGAGAACCUGCCUGAGGUCCAGGAAUUUGCCCAAAGCGAGUACUCCACCCAUUCCUGGGUCCAACAACAGCAGCUGGCUGAUGCCAUCCCACAUUCUUAUUCACCAGUGGAUGGAGAAGACAGGCUGAAUGGGGGACAGUGCACUCCACAGAAGCCCUCAUCUCUGGUGGCUCCUAUCACACCAUCUAGAGGAAGCAGCAGCAGGGAAGCAGUGCAGAGAGGACUGGUGGACGAAGAUGGUACACAUGUCACACAAAACACCCAUAUUACACACGAUAUACACUCCACACACACCACACACACCUCAUGCCUGCCAGUGAAGCCAUGCCAAGAGGAAGAUCUGGCAUCGCUAACCACAGACAUUGAUGAGUCAAUAGAGCAGCUGAACCAGCUAAUUCUGGAUCUGGACCCUACCUUCAUUCCUGUCCCCACUCGCUGUGCCCCACUAUCCCGCUCUGCCUCCCUCUGCACCAAUGGUCUCAACCACAAGGGAAAUACCCAUCUGUCAGGUUGGCAGCAGCAGAGGCAGGCCAGUGAUGUGACAGAUUACUCUCAUCUGCGUAGUCCAGGAUGGAAAGGAAAUGGAUCACAAAACUUCAGACACUCCCCCAUCAACAGUCCAAGCCUGUCGCCAUUGCAGCGUGGGUAUUUGUACAAAGCCGACAGUGUUGACUACGGGGUACAGAGCCCUCUAACGGGUAGCUGUGACAUCGUCCCGCCUACUCCCGCCUUCCCAGUAUCUCCUCCAACACCCUAUGUGAAAAGUUUCUCCGAGUUUUCUCAGCAAAGGGCAGGAGGGCAGUGGGAAUCCGCCUGGACUUCACAAGAUUCCCGGAGUUUCCUGGACAGUAUGAACCAUGCCAGUGGCUCUACAGAGGGAGAGCUGUUCAGGUCAGAAGUGUCAGUCACUCCUUCUUCCUGUCAGAGGAUCUUUGGCUCUGUGCACUCUGUGUCUCAAAGUAGCACCCUCUCACACACAGACAGCCCAACCCCACCUCCAGUGUGGCAAGACAGGACUCCAAACUCCUUGAACUCUUCCUUUCAAACCCAGCCAUCACCUCCUCUGUCCCUAAGCACUCCCAAUGCCCACAGUUCCCCUCUGGGGGCUCUCAAAGGCCUGGGAGGCCCAGAAGUCCACAGGGAAUCAGACAACACAGAUUUGUCUUCACUACUGUUGGGGAAUGGCAGCUUGGAGCACAGCCUUCUGGAGGCGGUGGAGGGCCUUGGUGAUUUGAGCCUGGGACUGCGAGACGGCGGCCUGCCUCCCUCACUGCCUGAGAAGAGGAGAGCGGGUGAGGGGGGAGAGCUCAGCUCCUACUCUCCCUCCCUCAGUGGGUUUUCGAGCCCUCACAGCGGCAGUAGCCUCAGCAUCCCCUUCUCCUCCUACAUGACCCCUGACCCUCUGAGAGGACUCAGUGGGGCCCCGUUGCCCGGAGCAGACUUGGGCAGUAAGCAGGACACUGUGAAGUUUGUUCAGGACACUUCCAAGUUCUGGUAUAAGCCAGAUAUCUCCAGAGAUCAAGCAAUUGCAAUCCUAAAGGACAGAGAGCCAGGUUCUUUCAUUGUCAGAGACAGUCAUUCAUUCCGAGGGGCGUAUGGACUGGCUAUGAAGGUGGCCACCCCUCCUCCCUCUGUUCUUCAACAGAGUAAGAAGGUGGGAGACCUGUCCAAUGAGCUGGUGAGGCACUUCCUGAUUGAGUGCACACAGAAAGGAGUGCGCCUCAAGGGCUGUCCCAACGAGCCAUACUUUGGAAGUCUCACUGCGCUGGUGUGUCAACACUCUAUCACCCCUCUGGCGUUGCCCUGUAAACUCAUCCUGCCUGACAGAGACCCGAUGGAGGAGCUGAAUGACUCAUCUCAACAGUCAGCCACCAAUUCAGCAGCUGAGCUACUCAAACAAGGAGCAGCCUGCAAUGUGUGGUACCUGGGCUCCGUGGAACUGGAGUCACUGACGGGACACCAGGCAGUUCAGAAAGCAACCACUCUGACCUUGGCCAUGGACCCCCCGCCAAGCUCCACAGUGGUCCACUUCAAAGUCUCCGCACAGGGCAUCACACUGACAGACAACCAGAGGAAGCUAUUCUUCAGGAGACACUACACAGUCAACACUGUCAUAUUCUGCUCUCUGGACCCGCAAGGUCGCAAAUGGACAAGAGACAGUGGUUCCACUGCAAAGAUCUUUGGUUUUGUGGCCAGGAAAUCUCAGAAUGGGACUGAAAAUGUGUGCCACCUGUUUGCUGAGCACGACCCCGAGCAACCAGCUAGUGCAAUCGUCAACUUUGUCUCCAAGGUCAUGAUUGGCUCCCAUAAGAAGUAGGAGAAAGACUCCUGGGUGAAGAGAUUUAACUCUCCCUGCAACUUUACCCUCCAGGCCCACACACUACGAACCCAGACCUUCUGACACUUGGUCCUGUUGGUAAAAAAAAAAAAAGAAAGAAAGAAAGAAAAAAGCACUGUGCCUUUGUGUGGGCUUUGUGUGGACUACUCUGCAGGAUGCCACCACUGGAGGGAGCCACUGCAGCUCAACUGUUAGUAGAGUUCAACAGUGGGACUUGCAACUCCUACAGCCCCUCAAGUGUGGACAUGAUAACUACUUACAGACCUGUCAUGGAGAGUUUGUUGUAUAGAACCAUAGACACUUUUUAAAGCAGAAUUUAGCAUGAAUGUCAGAUUUUGACAUGAUAGUAACUGCAUUCUUUGACCAUUAUUUUGUACCUUACUCUGUGUACCAUACCGAAUUGUCUCCACUUAGUCUAGGCAGUCAAAGCUGAUACAUAAACACACAUACUAAUAACUAAACCCGGAAAAAUAAUAUGCAGUUGGCAGAUAAACAUGUUUUCCUUGUGUGGGACCAUUCCUCUAUAUCCACAGAGCCUUAUGGGUAUCGUUAUAUGUCAGCCUUAUGAGAAACAACCAUUUAUACUGUCACAUGACACCGUCACUUUUGGCACUAUUGAUAGACAAAGGCAAUAAUGAGGUUGCCUUGUACUUAAGAUGGAUAUAUCAUGUUAUGUUUAUAUAUUGCUCAAAGUAUUUAUCCCUUAUUACAGAUGUGUAUAAGUGAUUCUUUUUUUCUAAAUACUUGUCAUAUAUUUUUGUAUAUUAACACAUACUGUACAUUAGUUUUGAAAGCAGUGUACCUCAAAAACAUGCCACGUAUUGUUGUGGAGACUCAUAUGUACUUGCUGUGUCCCUAACUUAGCUGUCAAGACAAGAUUCCUGUAUAGUUAUUGUAUGAAUAGUGUAAAUCUGGCUGUCACACUGAUUGCUAUUAUGAAUUAUCAUAAUGCUGAGGAUUACGAUACACUUUUCCUAUCAGUUCCUGUGAUAACAGACAAGAUUUUGGUCCACUUCAGCGUCUGACCAUCCCCAAAGUAGCACUCCUCCCAUCUGAGUCAACCUUUUGUCAUGUAAAUUAAUGUUGUUCAGUUAUUACAGCAUCAGUAAUUUUGAGACCUCAUUAAAAACCGCCUUCUACAAUCA